AUGUCAUUGGCUCGACACCUUGCACGUCCUUUUUGUCGUCAUUUGGCAUUGAUUGCACGCCGAUCGGCUGUUGCUGCACCCAAUGCCAUGGUCAAAACAAACACCAUGCGUACCGCCGUCGUUCCUGGUAACCGAUCUUGGGUCAUGUCUCAGCAUUGCUAUUCGACGGGCGUUACCUAUACAGCAACGCCCAUGAACAUUGACACAUACCACGAUGUCUCUGAUACAACGCUCGAUCACCUGGAUGAAUACCUAGAGAAUUUGGGCGAUGAAUUGGACUUGGAUGGAUUUGAUGUGGAGUAUGCGCAAGGCGUCAUGACCAUCAAGUUGGGAGCACAUGGCACCUAUGUCAUUAACAAACAACCACCCAACCAGCAGAUUUGGUUAUCGUCGCCAAAAAGUGGACCCAAACGAUACGACUGGGAUGGCGAAAAGAAGAAAUGGUUUUACCAACGCGAUAACCAUACAUUGGAUGAAUUGCUCAAUACCGAGUUAUCUGAAGUCUUUGACAAAUCCAUUGAUGUAUUUGAAGGGCUCGAAAUCUAG